UCGCCAUCCGCCUCCAACAGGCCUCAUCUGUCAAAUGGUGUAAAAAAGGUGUAUUCUACACACUACACAAAAAAAAUUUAUAUUACAAAAAAGAAAACUCCAAAAAAUUCUUCAAAUCAUUUCUAAAUGCCGCUAGAAAAAAAUAUACAAAAUUAUUAUUGCAAAAAUUAAAUUAAUUUUAAGUUAAAAUCUUACACACAAAACAAGAGUGUUGUAUAAACUAUUACAAAUAUAAGUUUACCCAAAAUAUAAAAUCCUCCUCUACAAAGAAAAAAAAGGAAAGAAAAAAAACAGAACCACCUGAGACCGAAAAACCCAAGAAGACAACGACGACAGACAAGAAAAGGAACAAAAAACCAAGAACAAGAAUAACACAAACAUUGUUGCAAUGGAACCCAUCGAUAUAGCCAGACUCGAGGAGGCUGUUGUAGUCUUCUAUCGCUCAACAUCCCAAGAACAAGCCAUAACUCAUGAAUGGCUAACAAAAGCUCAAGCCAGUCCACAAGCUUGGUCAUUUUCAUGGCAGCUAAUGCAACCAGGAAAAAGUCAAGAAGUUCAGUUCUUUGGAGCUGUAACUUUACAUUCGAAACUUAUGAAGUUUUGGCACGAAGUUCCAGCUGAAAAUCGUGAAGAAUUGAAACAAAAGAUCCUCGAAAGUAUUAUAACUUUUGCUGCUGGUCCAAAAUUAGUUCUCAAUCGGUUGUGUAUUGCUUUAAGUGCAUUUAUUGUACACAUGUUGGGUGAAUGGCCAACAGCUAUUGAGGAUGUCAUCAAUACUUUUCAAAAUCAACAAAUUCCAAAUGUGACAAAGGAAAUUCAAUUGUGGAUUAUGCUUGAAGUUCUUCAAGCUAUUCCAGAAGAAAUGACUGCUAUCUAUACAUCUGUUAAGAGAGCAACAUUACGAGGAGAAGUUGCCAAACGUGCUCCAUUAGUUAUGGAAACAACAGAAGCUUAUUUGCAAAUGCAAAUUGAUCGCGAUUGGGAUACAGAGGUUUUUAGCAAUAUGACAAGGGCUGUGAAAUGUGUCGGAACUUGGGUCAGGAACAUUGGUUUCUCAAUUGAAAAUUGUCAAAACAUCACAGCGAUUUUGUUGAAAAUCGUCAACAAAUGCUACUGGCCAUGUGUCCAAGAUCCCGAUUCCGAUGGAUGCAUGUCUGCCGACGAGAAUGAAUUAUCCGAAACUUGUCUCAAAACUCUAUUGAGCAUAAUUAUUCAACCAGAUUGCCAUAACUACCCCAAGACUGCUUUUAUUUUAAUUAAAAUGUUCCUUGAUUCAUUGUGUGGCAUAACAAAGGCCGAAUGGAAGAAAGAUAACAACAAUGAAGAUAUCGUCGUGAAUAUUUAUGCUUUAUUUGUGUCGGCUAUCGAGAGACACUCUCAGCUUCUGCUCAAUGGCAUAACGACAACUGACCCAGAAUUAGCAGAUCUCAAUCGACGUUUGGUAAAUGAGAUUCUACAAUGUACUGAUAAACCUGGUAUCUAUCCGGUUGAAGAGUCAUGCAGUAGCUUGGCAAUGGGAUUCUGGUAUUUGUUGCAAGAUGAAGUUUUUGCUAUGCGCAUUACAGAAGAACGAAAUAAAUGUUGGGAAUUCAUUAAGCCGCUUUAUGCUCAUUUGACAAGGAUUUUAGUACGAAAAUCUGAACAACCCGAUGAAACUUCGAUUGAUAAAUGGAAUUCAGAUGAUUUAGAGACUUUUAGGUGCUACAGACAGGAUAUAUCAGAUACUUUGAUGUACUGUUUUGAUGUGUUACAUGAUUACAUACUAAAUAUUCUUGCUUCGGUGCUUGAUGAAACAAUCGCUGGAAUUCAAGCCAAUCCAACCGAAUGGACAAAAUUAGAAGCAUGUAUCUAUGCCUUUCAUUCAGUUGCCGAACACAUUGACACCACAGAAUCGACUCAAAUUCCUAAGCUCAUUCGGGUUCUCUCGGAAAUUCCUUAUGAAAAAAUGAACGAAAAACUACUUGGCACUUCAUUGGAAACAAUUGGAUCCUAUUGUUUGUGGUUUAAGGAUAAUCCAGCUUACAUUGCCCCAGCUAUUCAACUUCUAGUGCGUGGUCUGAAUUCUACAAUGUCCUCACAAGCUACUCUGGGUCUUAAAGAACUCUGUCGCAAUUGUCAAUUGCAAAUGAAACCCUAUGCUGAACCAUUGCUAAAUGCUUGCCAAGCAUGCUUAGCAAGUGGUAGACUAAAAAAUUCCGAUUGUGUUCGAUUGAUGUUUAGCAUUGGUAAAUUGAUGAGUCUCUUGCCAGCCGACAAUAUCCCGUCGUAUUUGGACAUCAUCGUGAGUCCUUGUUUUGAAGAACUUCAAAGUAUUUGCCAAAGUGAAAUUAAAACUCCAUCGGCUAGAAUACGAACGAUAUUCCGUUUAAAUAUGAUUUCCACUCUAUUCUCAUCGCUCAAUACCGAUCUGGAAGAUGAUGAACAAAUUGAAGAUUUACAAAAUAUUCAACCAGUUUUGAUUGUUAUGCAAAAAACUAUGCCAAUAUUUAGAUUAAUUGCUGAAUUGUGGGUUGAUGAAAUUGAAGUUUUAGAGACGGCUUGUACGGCAUUAAAACAUGCUAUAACCAAUUUAAAAUCUAGCUUUAAACCAAUGCUACAGGACUUGUGUUAUUUUAUUGUGGCAAUCUUUCAAACUAGAUGCUGUGCACCUACAUUGGAAAUUUCUAAAACAGCCAUCAUAAUCUUCUUUAAAGACGAAACAGUCAAAUCCUUAAUGCAACAGCUUCUUGUGGAAUUUGUAAUGCAUAGCUUUAAAUUAUUUGAGACAACACCAGAAAACAGUUUUUCAAAUAUUGCCGAAACUAUUGAAAUGUUUUACGCAUGUUUAAUGCAAAUCAUUAAAAAAAUCCCAAUUGCUUUAAAUGACAAAUGCAUUGCAUAUGAUAAAUUAAUUUUCUAUGCCCUCAAAGCAAUGACACUCCCAGAAAAUGGUCCAAUUCGAACAAGUGUUCAAUUUCUAUCUCAUUUUAUUUUGCAAUCUCGUAACUAUCCAAAUAUGACACAAGCUGUAUUGGAUGCUGGUGAAAAUAUUAUUCGUACGGUUGUAAUGUGUGUUGGUUGUGUAACACCACGAGCACAAGUUGAUAAAUUUGCUGAUAUAUUUUUGGCCGUUAAUAAGAAAUAUCCAUCGGAAUUGGUUGCGUGGAUGAAGGUAAUGCAUACGCCAAAUUUCCCAACACCAUUAGUCAAUGAAACAGAUAAAUCAGCUUUUAUAUCACAAAUUAUUAGAGAAAAAGUCAAUAAAAGAUUAAUUCAAAAAUAUCUUAAUGACUUUGCGGUGAUAGCUAGAGGUCUCUCGGAAAAGUAUCAAUAGAUUUUCUUCAAUCUCCUCGCAAAAAACUAGAUUAUAAGGCAGUAGCAUGAUGUGCUAAAAUAUAUAUUUUAAUGUGUGCAAAAUGACAUUUCUAUUCAAUAAAAAAACAAAUAAAAAUUAAUUAUAGAGUUCAUUACAUAUAAACUUAAUGUGCUUUUACAUAAAUUGAGUCCAUGUAUACUUUUAUCUCUAUAAAUUGUUAUUGCAUGUAACACACAACAAAAAUCAUAAUAUUGUAUGUACUUUAAAUUAUUAUAUUUUUUUUCCUCCCCAAAACAAACACACAAAAAUAAAAAUAUAUAAUUUUAAGAAGAAACAUAAAAAUGCAAAAAAAGUUAAAUUGAGUCGUCACUAUACUACAAAUUCUUAUGAGUUAGAAAAAAAAGAGAGUAAACAGAAAAAAAAAUAAUGAUUUGAUGUAAAAUUGUGAUAAUAGCAUUUUAGUAUUAUCCUCGUAAAAUAAUAAGCAAAAAAGAUAUGUUUUAAUUGUAUAAAAAUGAAUAAAAGGAUAAGAAAAAAUAUACAACAAAAAUGAUGUGAAAAAAAUUAAUGUAUACCAUAAUAUUAAUUGCAUAACAAUUUUAUUUUUAUUUCUCUUUCAAUUGAAACAUGAUAAUUACACGCAAACGCUUUGUUUU